CGGCACCGCGCUGCUCCCUCCCUCAUCUCCGCACCAUCCCCUCCCUGAGCACACCGCUCUGUGCUGGGGAGGGGGGGGGGACCCUGCAGCCCCCAUCCUGAUCGCUGCACCUGGGUUGAGGGGGAGGAGGCGAGAGCUGCUCUGCCCUUCUCUUCUCCUCUGCGUGGGGACGCGAGCAGGAGCCGCAAGCUUGUCCCCGCUUUGCUGCCUCGCCAAACCGCACCGCAUCGGGGCUGCCAGCGCCCUCUGAGCUCCACCGCUGCCACAGUGGGAAAUACCGAUGCCACCGGCCCGGAUUAGUGCAGCUGGGAAAGGACACCGAGCCCCACCGAGCGUUACCGGUGUCCCCCUGCGCCGUGCCCGUGGCACGCGUGGUAUAAGCGGUCGUUGGGUGGCACGGGAUCUGCCCUGCCCGCUGCUGCCAUGGUGGGAGCCGGCAGCCGGCGCUGAGCUCAAAGGGUCACGGCAUCAUGCUGAAGUUUCGGGCGGAUCGGAGGGUGAGCCACAAUGAAAGGCGGAACACCUUCCUGCACCCAGUGACAGGACAGCUUCCAGAAGAGAACUCAAAAUUAGACUUGCAAAAGCAGACCUUGGACAUGUCAAGCAAAGCAGGCAACAAGCGCCUGGCGAACAGCAGCAGCAGCAGCAGCGAGCCCUCCAACCACACCAUGGUGACGGAGGUGGCCCCGGAGAAGCCUGGAGGCCGGGUGCGUGCCCGGGUCCAUAUGGCACAGAGGGCAACAACAGAGCAGACGACGGGAAGUGGGGGUCCCCCCCGGGCACUGAGCUCAUCCUCUCCUCCUCUGCAGGCGUCGCGCUCCUCCCGUAAGGGUAUUGCCUUUGGGAAGCGCUCCAACUCCAUGAAGAGAAACCCUAAUGCUGCCGUCACCAAAAGCGGUUGGCUCUACAAGCAGGCCAGCUCGGGGGUGAAGCAGUGGAACAAGCGCUGGUUUGUGCUGGUGGACCGCUGCCUUUUCUACUACAAAGAUGAGAAGGAGGAGAGCAUCCUGGGCAGCAUCCCUUUGCUCAGCUUCCGCGUGGCGGCCGUGCAGCCCUCUGAUAACAUCAGCAGGAAGCACACCUUUAAGGUGACCGUGUGCUGGGUGGAGGAGAUGCCGGCGAGUAACGAGCAGUCCCUGUCUCCCCAGGCUGAGCACGCCGGCAUCCGGACGUACUUCUUCAGUGCUGAGAACACAGAGGAGCAGGAAUCCUGGAUCCAAGCCAUGGGCGAAGCUGCCCGGGUGCAGAUCCCCCCAACCCAGAGACACGAGAAGACGGACUCUGAGAACAUCCCCCCCAGCAAACACCACCACCACCAUCGUAACGCCGUGCACCACGAGCACCCCAAAGCUGAGCCCGACUCUAAGACCAGGGGUGAAGGUGAUGGCCGUGGCUCAGAGAAACUCGAGAGAAAACCAGAGAGGAUGGAGAGCAAGAAGGAAAACUUGGUCAAAGCCAACGGCAUCGCCGGGCAAGAGAUUCCCUCCGAGCCCAGCAGCCCUUACCCCGAAGCACCACGGGUGCCGACGAGCACAGAGCGACCACCCCAACCCAAUGGCUGGCCCUACACGUCCCCCAGCCGCCCUGGCAGUACUGCAUACCCCCCACCUGAUGGGGACAGCGCUGCCCACCGCCGCAGCUUCGCCCCGCGCACCAACCCUGAGAAGAUCGCGCAGCGUAAGAGCUCCAUGACGCAGCUGCAGCAGUGGGUGAACCUGCGCCGGGGCAACGUGCCCCCCGAGGAGCUGCGCAGCCCCACCAGGUUUUACCCCGUGUCUCGCCGGGUGCCUGACUACUACCCCCCCUACUCACCCCAGUACCCUGAGGACUACCAGUACUACCCACCCGGCGUGCGCCCCGACAGCAUCUGCUCCAUGCCUGCCUAUGAGCGAGUCAGCCCUCCCUGGGCACUAGAGGACAAGCGACAUUCCUUCCGCAACGGGGCCCCCUACCAGCUCCGGGAAUGGAAGGAGCACCCUGGCUUUGGCCGUCAGGAUGUCCCAGUCUGGCUCCCUGGUAGGCAGCCAAGUUAUUUUGAUGAGGUGGAUGCUGCCUCUGGAUCACUGCGGAGGAUGUCACUGCAGCCCCGCUCCCGCUCCGUGCCCCGUUCACCCAGCCAGGGAUCCUACAGCCACACUCGUGUGUACUCCCCAGUGCGCUCCCCCAGCGCCCGCUUUGAGCGGCUGCCGCCCCGUGGAGAGGAGAUUUAUGUCGACCCUGGCACCUUCAUGAUGAGGAGAUCCAUCAGUUCUCCCAAGUACGACUACCUGGGUGACAGGCGGCCCAUCCCUGCAGGAAUGUACCCCUACCACUAUCCAGCAUCCCCCACAGUCCACGACAAGAUGGAUGAACUUUUAGACCUUCAGUUGCAAAGAAACCUAGAGUAUUUGGACCAGCAGAUGAGUGAGAGCGAAACCCUGAUCAGUAUGGUGAACAGGAUGGUGGAGAGCUCCUCCCCUAGGGCUCAGCUCUACAUGCAAGUGACAACACCCUUCCCAGAAGCCUACAGGGAGACCCUGCAUGCCUACAAGAUAAGCGAGCAAGACACCGAUAAGCUGCUGGGGAAGCUCUGUGAGCAGAACAAAGUGCUGCGGGAGCAAGAGAGGCUGGUGCAGCAGCUCCGAGCAGAGAAGGAGAGUCUGGAGAGUGCCCUGAUGGGGACGCACCAGGAGCUGGAGAUGUUUGGGAGCCAACCUGCCUACCCUGAGAAGCUGCUGCACAAGAAGGAGUCUCUGCAGAACCAGCUCAUCAACAUCCGUGUGGAGCUGUCACAGGCCAGCACGGCCUUGGCCAACAGCACAGCUGAGUAUGAGACCCUUGAGAGCGAGGUGUCUGCCCUGCACGAUGACCUCUGGGAGCAGCUGAACCUGGAUAUUCAAAAUGAAAUGCUCAACCGGCAGAUCCAGAAGGAGAUCUGGAGGAUCCAGGAUGUGAUGGAGGGGUUGAGGAAGAACAACCCAUCCCGUGGCACCGACACAGCUAAGCACAGAGUUGCCAUCGGCCCCUCGGGCACCUACAGCUCCAACAGCCCUGCCAGCCCACUGAGCUCCGCCAGCCUCACCAGCCCCUUGAGCCCCUUCUCCCUCAUCUCUGGCUCCCAGGGCUCACCCACCAAGCCAGGGCCCAGCGAGGAACCCGGUCCGCCUCGACCUCCCCUCCCCAAGUCGUACAUCCCCCUGGAGCCUCCUCCGACUGUACCUCCACUCCCUAGCGAGAGCCGCCCCUGGCCGUACCCCACCUCCCCUUCCUGGCAGCGAGGCGGCGAGUCACAGAGGGGACAGCCCAAAUCAACCUUGGAGCAAAGCAAGAAGGAGACGCAGCGAACAGCAGCCUCCGGCCCCACUGCUGAGGGGCUGCAGAGCAGGCAGGAGCAGGAGGCAGAGAAGCAAGCUGCCCUCAACAAAGUGGGUAUUGUGCCACCACGAACCAAAUCCCCGACAGAAGAGGAGGUGGUGCCCACAACUGGGAUGCUGAGGAGGAGCACCAGCGGCAUGGCCAACGGGCUGGGCUCCCGGGAGAGGCCGAAGAGCGCUGUGUUUGCCAAUGAGACUAAGGUGAAGAUGAGCGUGGAGGAGCAGAUUGACCGCAUGAAACGCCACCAGAGCGGCUCCAUGAAGGAGAAGAGGCGCAGCCUGCAGCUGCCUGGAAGCCAACAGCCUGACACCCCCGGCACAAAGGCACCCACAUCCUAUAAAGUGGUGCGUCGGCACCGUAGCAUCCAUGAGGUGGACAUCUCUGACCUGGAGGCAGCACUGCGCUCUGAUGAACCAGGCAAAGUGCACGAGACACCCCGAGAGGAGAUCGCCCGGCUACGCAAAAUGGAGCUGGAGCCACAGCACUACGAUGUGGACAUCAACAAGGAGCUAUCCACACCGGACAAAGUCCUCAUCCCCGAGCGAUACAUCGAGCUGGAGCCUGACACGCCACUCAGCCCUGAAGAGAUGAAGGAGAAGCAAAAGAAAGUGGAAAGGAUAAAAACCCUCAUUGCCAAGUCCAGCCUGCAGAACGUCAUCCCACUGGGUGAGGGUGAAGUGGAUGCUCCCCAGGACCCUGAAACUCAGCUGCAGGAGCAGGAGAAGAGGAUAGAGAUCUCAUGUGCUCUGGCUGCUGAGGCAUCCCGCCGGGGCCGCAUGCUAUCAGCUCAAUGCGCUACCCCAAGCCCUCCCACCUCCCCAGCCUCCCCGACUCCACCGACCAACCCCCUCUCGUCUGAACCAUCCCGGGUCGCCGACUGCAGCCAUUUUAUGCGUGUCUGAGCCAUGAACUCAAGCCCUGGCAGCCGCCGGUGCCAUCAAGUUCCAUGGGGCCACGUUCUAGUGCAGAACAACAUGAGCCCUGGCUCAACACCAACCCUCUCUGCGCCAUCGUUUUUGGUUCUCCUGGACCCCCUCCCUCCUUCCCAUCGAUGGCAUCACCCCGGGAUGGAUGAGCAAGAAGGUGGAACCCCGACGCUCUGCCCCAUCCUGGAAGAGCUGUGCAGGUGCCACAAGGACUGGGGACACUGAGCUUCAACCUGGCACUGGGACACAGCUGUGUUGUCCUGGGUGCAUGGAGGGACACGUGCAGCUGGAACAGGAGUGCAGCAUCCCUCAGCUCUCCGUGCACUGGUCACACAAAGGAGACCAUCUCCACCAUGGAUGGUGCAUUCUCCAUGUGCAUCUUUGCUCCUGGCUGUGCCCUGAAUGCUUUCAGCUCUUUGCUGGAGGGAGGUGCCAGCCCCAUCGUGGCUGUACUGGGAACAGGGAGCACGGAGAGGGGACACAUUGGGACACAGAUGUCCCAGAGGCUGGGAUGGUGAGGGCUGCCCAGCAUAGAGCCAUGGGCAUGGAGCAGCAGGUCAGACAGGGACAGGGGAUGUGGGGAAGGAGCAGAGAAGCGAAGCAGAGCCAAUGCGCCAAGCAGCGAUCUGCAGGAUGGAUGGGGAUGGUGACAAGGAGGGGACCGGGCUGGAGCCGUGAAUGCAUCCAGGUGGUAGCAAUGCUUUACUCAUGGCCACCUCUGUCACAGCCCAGGUGGCCCAGCAGGAAUUCCAUGGGGCUGCCCACAUCCAGCACUAUUUGGGCAGCCCUCUGUGCUGGAGGGGGGGUUCCUUCUCCAACAGCCCCGGGGAUGGAUGUGGAAACAGGAGGGGGCACCUCAGCUGCGCAGCAUGGACUGGAUCCCUCUGGUCUCACCACACAGCUUCGCCAUUGCACUCCAACCACAUCAGCUUGGUCGUUUCUCCUAUCUCAAGCCAACCCUUUAUUUCAUGUUAUUUUCGCUUUCCAGAGGGAAAAACGCUGCCUGAAAACACAGCACUGUAUGUGUGUAUGUGUGGGAGGGGGGGGGGAUGAGUGAUGUCCCCAUGGCUGGAUCCUGAUGUGUGCCCCCUCUGCAUCCCCAUCCCCCCCCCUGACUCUUAGCAAUACUCAUAGGAUCCCAAGCCCCUCCCGCAACCCCCUUAGCUCAUAAAGCUGGUCCUUUAUUUUGCUAUUACAUGCCUUAAUAUAUGUUUUAUGGAGAAUUAUACAUUUAUUAUUAUAUAUAUAUAUAUAUGGGAUGGUGUUUUUUUUUCUCUUCUGGGAGGUGUUUUAGUGCUGAUCUCUCUGCAGGGCUGUCGGCACAAAAGGAAGCAGAUUCUUUGCCAAUUUAUCAAAAAAUUAAAAGAAAAAGCAAAUAAAAAAAGACCCUAUUUAAAAAUAAAAACCCCAAUAUAUAUA